CUCAGGGAGAGUGAAUGAAAUGUGCGGGCAGAGGGCUGCGGAUUGCGGGGAAUCCGCCCGGGGUCGGUGAAAGCAAUUGAUCGGAGUAAAGUUGUUGGCUCGUUCCAGCUUCCAAGGCUCGUGUGUUGGGCCGAUCAGUCUGCUGCUGGAGGAGAUGCUCAGCAUCCGGACAGUACUAGGGCCAUUGGCCACUAUCCUGCUUACAGUGCUCGGGCCGUUCGGAGCGCAUGGAUCUGGUCUAGCGGAUAAAGUGAUCUGGGCAGUGAAUGCAGGAGGCGAGUCGCAUGUGGAUGUCCAUGGAAUCCAUUACCGGAAGGACCCGCUGGAGGGCAGAGUGGGCAGAGCAUCCGAUUAUGGUAUGAAACUGCCUAUUCUACGUUCCAACCCAGAAGACCAAGUCUUGUACCAGACUGAACGUUACAAUGAGGACAGCUUUGGGUAUGAUAUUCCCAUUAAGGAGGAAGGAGAAUAUGUCCUAGUGCUGAAGUUUGCUGAGGUGUACUUUGCCCAGUCUCAGCAGAAGGUAUUUGAUGUCCGUGUAAAUGGCCAUACUGUUGUGAAGGACUUGGAUAUUUUUGAUCGUGUGGGACACAGCACAGCCCACGAUGAGAUCAUUCCCAUCAGCAUCAAGAAGGGGAAGCUAAGUGUGCAGGGGGAGGUGUCGACAUUUACAGGGAAACUCAGUGUGGAAUUUGUAAAGGGAUACUACGACAACCCCAAAGUAUGUGCUCUGUUUAUUAUGAAGGGAACAGCCGAUGAUGUCCCAAUGCUGCAGCCUCACCCAGGUCUGGAGAAGAAAGAGGAGGAAGAAGAGGAAGAAGAAGAAGAAGGUUCAACUAGCAAGAAACAGAUCAACAAAAAUCGUGUCCAGUCAGGUCCACGGACCCCUAACCCAUAUGCCUCUGACAACAGCAGCCUCAUGUUUCCAAUCCUGGUGGCCUUUGGAGUGUUUAUCCCCACACUCUUCUGUCUGUGUCGGCUAUAAGCAGCCUGCUGCCAGUUUGUUUUUCAUUUUUUUUUUUCUUUUUUUAAAGCUUUGGUUUUCCAAUAAUUUUUGUUUUGUAAUUUAUCAGAAAAUUAUCCUGUACAUGGAGCAAGUCGCUCCCUGAACUUGUCAUGGAGUACAUAUGGACUAGGAGCUGCAGUGCUUGACAAACUCAGUAAUAGAAUUGCACAGCCUUGAAAGGACUGUGGAUCUGAUGAAGUUAAAGUAUAGCAUCCAUAAUGCAUACAUCUGAUGAUUAAAAUGUAAAAAGAAAAUAAUCAACUACAAACUGCUGGAACAAGUCGUCCAUAUCCUAAAACAGGCUUGAUAUCCUGCGCAGCUGUCACUGCCUGAUAUCUAGGGUAUUUAUUUCUCUAUGUGCUCAAUUUCAAUUCCUUCCGAUCUCUGGACUUGUCAAUUUGAAACCUCCAGGGCUAGAAGUAAUUGAUCUCCAAUCUGAUGUGUCCAAAUGCUGUUUUCUGUACAGGGGGGUGUAUCUAGUAACAACUGGAGUUUGUUGUUUUCCCAGUGAAGUUAAUGGUGAUUAGAUAGUGACAGUAAUAAAUGCCUUCUUGCUAUGCUCAUAGCAGGGGAGCCUCUUCGCUGUAUUAGAGAUCUAAUUCUGGUAGUUGCUUAUUUACUUUUAGUAUGUUGAAUUAACUGAGAGCACAGUGACAAACUUAGUUGCCUUCUGCCUAGGGUUGUCACCUGGCCGGUAUUUUACCAGCCUGGCCAAUAAAUAUUAUGGCUGAUCCCAAUGUUAUUAAUUCGGAAAAAAGAUCAAUAUAUAGGAAGGCCGGUAUUAUUUUCCAGAAAAGGUGGCAACCCCACUUCUCAGGCUGCAGUAAGAGCACACAGCCUGAUUGUUCCCAUGUUGCAUUUAGUUGUGCUGUAUUGCAGCCAGUACAAGGAAUACAUUUCUAAUAUUAAGCAUUAUGCAGUCCUAAAGUAAAGCUGGAGUAGCUUAAAAUAGAUCUGAAUUAGUUUUUUUCAUAACAUACAGUUCAACAGCUUUUAAGAAAGGAUCUAGUGCUCUGUUGUGUGGCAGGGAUUGUUUCUUGAGCCUGAAACCAUGCCAUGCAGCUCUCCGUUCAUAUGUGCUUUAUUGUCUAAUAGAUUGGAAAAAGGUUCAGCUGCUUUGGAGUAGGGAUGCACCGAAUCCACUAUUUUGGAUUCGGCCGAACCCCCGAAUCCUUUGCGAAAGAUUCGGCCGAAUAUCGAACCGAAUCCUAAUUUGCAUAUGCAGAUUAGGGUGGGAAGGGGAAAACAUUUUUUACUUCCUUGUUUUGUGACAAAAAGUCACGUGAUUUCCCUUGCCGCCCCUAAUUUGCAGAUGCAAAUUAGAAUUCGGUUCGGCCGAGCAGAAGGAUUCAUACGAAUCCGAAUCCUGUUGAGAAAGGCAGAAUCCUGGAUUCGGUGCACCCCUACUUUGGAGAUAGUAAUUUUCAUGUCCACCAACAUUUGCUAUAUGCUGCUGGCUUUCUCAUGGCUAGAACCUGUAUGGAGAGUGCACUUAUUUUUCUUGCUUUUUUUUAUUUUCUAUCUGUGCCUUUUGUUUAGUUUGCCUUUUUUUGGGUGUAUGGAGCAGGUACUGUUUUUUUUUAUUGGUAAAUUAAGAGAGCGCAUCUGGUUCUUUAAGAUUAUUGAUGUGUUAAGGACAGAAAUAGACAUUUUAUAACUUGGAUAUCCCUUGUGUGUGAAACGGUAUGGAGCAAUACAGAUUCAACAAGCCAUCUAAGCCUAGCAAUAGGAAACUUAAAAUAGAGUGAAAUAAUGCUCAACAAUAUGGACUUACUGUUUCUAGUUCUAAUUCUGCUGGCGGUGUAAGCCUACAUUGUGUCGGUUGGCCUGCAGUCACUUUAACAGUAUGUUGUCUUGAGGUUACUUCAUCAUCUUUACUCAACCACUCUUUUAAGAAGAUAUCAUAAUAUUGUAAAUCUAGACUUUGUCUUCAAAUUAUUUAAACAAACUGUCAUGUGAUCAGUCCAUCCACACUCCCCCCCCCCCCUCUGUAAUUUGAAUAACUCCUGUUUCUGUCCUGCAAAACCCCUACUGGAAUGAUUCAUCCCUUCAGCCAUGCUUGAUCUCGAUUCCACGCUCAUAUUCUUCAACCCUUUUAGCCCAUAGUGGGUAGGUUAUAUUUUAGAGUGAAAAGGCUGCUUAUUUACUCGGUACUCUGGCGUGCUUGAAACGCAGUGCUAUGAUUUCUGGUAAUUCCAGUUUUUUUCUUUUGCAGUUUAACUUGAAUGUUUUUACGGUACCUUGUCCAUUGUCUCCGCUGCAAAUACUGACCCUUGCCUGACAGCCACAGUAAACUCUGCAUUUCUUUUGUAAUUGCAGUGUGUGGUUUCGGUCAGCAUUUAGGUGCCAGCUGAACCAACUUUACUGUAUAUAUUGUCUUCAAAUGAUUUGUUGGGUUAUUUUAGCUUUGUUGUUUUUAGGGAUGCACCGAAUCCACUAUUUUGGAUUCGGCAGAACCCCCCGAAAGAUUAGGCCGAAUACCGAACUCGAAUCCUAAUUUGCAUAUGCAAAUUAGGGGUGGGAAGGGGAAAAAAUGUUACUUCCUUGUUUUUUGACAAAAAGUCACGUGAUUUUCCUUGCCCCCCCUUUCCUGCUGAAAAAGACCGAUUCCCGAACCGAAUCCUGGAUUAGGUGCAUCCCUAGUUGUUUUUUGAAGAAGUAAGGCCACAGGCACUGUUCUGGACCUGUUCAAUGCACUCUCAAAAAAUUGUUUUGUUGCCUUUUUAAAUUUCCUAGAUGUAUGUUGGUUGACAAAAGUACAGUUUACACUGGUCAUUCACUGUAUGCCUGUAUCUAUGAGUGUACGUUUCAUUGAGGAAUGCGUAAAGAAAAUGGCAAAAUGUAUCCCAGAUAUUAGGGAAGACACCAGUAUACACUUAAGUGGCUACUACUAUUUUCCACCUCUGUACAAGGCUCACUGGUGCAUGCACAAAUAUUUUGAACAUGCUUGGUCUCUCAGCAUCUGCCUUACUCACUUUCAGUCAUUUCCUUUGUGUGAGGUAUAUUUGGGUUUGUACUGCAGAAAAGUCACCCAACAAUCUUAAUUUCAUUAUUUCUAUGUCUUAAGUUUGGUGUAAACUGUUCAUAUUUGGAUAAGUGUCUCGAGUGCUUCUUGCUGUUUGUACUGCAUACACAAAGAGAAGGUGUAACAGGUGGCUCUCGCUUUUUUUUUUUUUCUUUCUCUCCCUUGGUCAAUAAAAGCACCAAAAGCCAAAAGAAUUCUCACCCUCCACUUUGUACCGUUUUCUUUUACUUUUUUGUGGCUUGAUUUACUCAUGUAAUAAUUGACCUGGAAAUAAAAUAUUUCUGCCAGUUUAUAAAAUAAAGAGUUUAUAUUAUACAUUUCU